CUGAAAGUUCAGCUCUUGCAGUGAGUUAGCACAACAGACAGCAGAGUUUUCCAUGGCAAACAGGACAGGCUGGCAAUUCUAAGGCAAAUUAAGUGAGAUACAUUUACCUUUAAUAAAGGCAGAGCUCAGUCUAGCUGUCGUGGCCCUGGGAGAAGAACCACAUGUAGGAGCAAGUCAUCCUGUCAAAUCCACAAGACUUAUUAUUUGUAUCCAAUUCUUUGACGUCGGCGGACAGGCAGAACAGGAUGUCUGAAGAGGUAAAACAAGAGAGCGUGUCACUGUACCCUGUGAGUGCUCCAGCCACCCUUAAGGAGGAGAAAGUGUGUAUCUUUGGGACAGGGGACUUGGGGCGCUCUCUGGGUCAACGUCUACUGCAGUCUGGCUACAGGUUGGUGUAUGGCAGCCGGAGACCACACAGCUGCGGCCCAAUUCCCUCAGGAGCUCAGGUGCAGAGCCAUGAGAUAGCCGCUCAGUCAGCCAGCCUGGUCUUUGUUUGUGUUCACAGAGAACAUUAUGACUUUCUGGGGACACUUGCACCUCAACUCAGGGGGAAGGUGCUGGUGGACGUCAGCAACAAUCUGAAGAAGAAUAUGUACCCAGAGGCCAAUGCUGAGUAUCUGCAGAGGUUAGUCCCCGGGGCCCAUGUGGUGAAGGCAUUUAACACCUUGUCAGCCUGGGCUCUUCAGAACGGACCUUCAGAUGCCAACAGACAGGUGUACCUGUGUGGAAACAGUCCUGAGGCUAAGCAGGCGGUUGCAGAGAUUGCCACCAAACUGGGCUUCACUGUUCUGGAUAGAGGGUCUCUCUGUGCAGCUAGAGAGCUGGAGGACUUCCCCCUGCAGCUGUUCCCUGAGUGGAGAAUGCCCAUGCGCCUCACCAUUGGGCUUACUGCCUUCUUCUUCUUCUAUCUUCUCAUCAGAGAUGUCAUCUAUACGUAUGUUGACCAGAAGAAAGACAAUUCCUUCAGAAUCAUGGUGUCUCUGGCCAACAAGGUGUUUCCAAUUGUAUCUCUCAUUUUGCUGGCCCUCUGUUAUCUACCUGGAGUCAUAGCUGGCUUCCUUCAGCUCUACAGAGGAACAAAAUACAAGCGUUUCCCUGAUUGGUUGGAUCGCUGGAUGUUGUGCAGGAAACAGCUGGGUCUGAUAGCUCUAGCACUUGCUUCCCUACAUGUGCUGUAUACUCUAAUCAUCCCCAUAAGGUAUUAUGUAAGAUUUAGACUUGCACAACAUACCAUCUCGCAGAUCAAGGAGAACAAAACAUCUCCAUUUGACACAACCAUGGCCUGGAGAACUGACUCAUACUACUCCAUUGGGAUUCUGGGAUUUGGCUUGUAUCUCCUUUUGGGAAUUUCCUCUCUCCCUUCUGUCAGCAAUGCUCUCAGCUGGAGAGAGUUCAGCUUCAUUCAGUCCAAGUUGGGAUACCUGACAUUGCUAUUCUGCACAUUUCAUACUUACCUGUACGGUUGGGACAAAUUCCUUCGCAUAUCGUCCUACAAAUGGUACACUCCGCCUGGCUACAUGCUCUGUUUGGUGGUGCCCACUCUUGUGUUGGUGCUCAAGCUGCUUCUUAUUCUCCCUUGUGUGGAUAAAAGUCUCACUCGCAUUCGACAGGGCUGGGAGAAAACAGAUCCUGAGAAUGAUGGCAAGAAGUCACUGUUAACAUAGGAUUGUCACAAGCUUUCCCAGACUAAGGCAAACAUACAUUGCUUUUUAAAAACAUAUUAAAUGUAAUUCAACCACUAACGAUUUAAUACAAGGUAUUUUAGUGCACGAAAAUAGAUGACAAGUCAUUUAAAAUAUGUUUACUGUAUUUUGUAAUAUUUCCUGUCAUUUGAUGUAUGAAAUAUUGCCAUGCCCAACUCAGUGAUCAGCUAAAUACAGUGUGAGUAACAA